AUGGCGAGGGGGCCGAAUCAUCCUGAUGGUUGCCAUCGACCCAUCGGCCGUAAGCAGGUCCACAAGAAGCAGUCCACAGUGGUUCUACUUGUCCCAGGCCCGUUCCUUGGUGGUUUCUUGUUGCAGACUGUGCCGUAUACUGUCGAUUCGCGAGUCAGGGUUCCCCCCACCCCAGGACUACAAAGCGUUAGCAUUUGGCUGUCCGCGUGCAGAAGAAUACUCAGGAUGACUGCUCUGACUCGCCCACUCGAGAAGGUGCUUGCAAUUGUCAACCAGGCAAACGAAGCGAGCAACGACGCCAGCAUUGCAGUACAAUUGAAGGAAUUUGCAGCUCUUCCCAGCUCCGAGAAAGACAAGGUUCAACCGUUGUUUGUGGCGAGAGUCUUCCCGCUUGUCUUUGGAGACAAUGCGGCCGUCCAGGGGUCGGAAGGCUAUGAGCAGCAGCGUCAAGUGCCAUGGUCCACCAAUUGCUGGCUUGAGCCCCGAGUCAUUGUGGCUCCCACCACGGCCCAGCAGGUUGCGGCAGCCCUAGCCCUUUGUAACUUCUUUUGUAUCAAGUUCUCCAUCCGCGGGGGUGGCCACCUGCAUAACCCUGGUUUCAACAGUAACAAUGGCGGCAUAGUCAUCUCUCUCGACAAGUUCAACCAGGUCGAACCCUCGGAGAACAAAACCACCGCAGACAUCGGCCUUGGUUUAACAUGGCUUGACGUAUACAAGGCCCUUGACCCUCACGGCCUGGCUGUGGCCGGUGGUCGAGUACCUACUGUCGGCAUCCCUGGUCUAAUUCUGGGAGGUGGGAUCUCCUUCCAGAAUAGCCGGUAUGGUGUUGGUGCAAUGGGCGUCGCCAACUAUGAGGUUGUCCUCGCAGAUUCCAGCAUCGUCAACGCCAACGCGCACGAAAACCCAGACCUCUUCUGGGCCCUCAAGGGAGGCGGUUCCAAUUUUGGAAUCGUGACCAAAAUUGAAAUGGCCGCCAUUCCCAACAAAAUCUGGGCCCAGGCCACGGUCUACCCACCAACCGCAUACGACCAGCUCAUGAAAGCCCUCAUGCAGUACCAUGAUACAAUUGAAACAGAUGACCAAGCAACCCUCAUUUGGCACCACACCAGCCAAGCCAUCCUUCUCGUCUAUGUCUACUGCUCCCCCAUCGAGAAGCCGGCCGCGUUUGCUCAGUUCUACGAUAUCCCAUCCGUGAUGGACCUGGUUCCACCGGGCCUCAGAACUAUCUACGACCUUAUCCAGGCUCUCGCGGACGUCAACUCACCUGAACCUAUGAUGCACGACUUCCGCACAAUGUCCAGCCGCCCCUCGCUAACCGUCUACAAAGCAAUCGAGGAAGCGCGUCAAGAGCAACUUGCUGCCCUAGCCGAUCUCGAAGGCGUUGUCCUCACAAACGUCUUCCAGCCCAUGUCCUCACUAGCAAUGAAGCGGAGUGCUGAGUCACCGCUCGGGCUGGAUCCAGUCGGGCAACAAUGGUUCCUCGCAACAGGCGACUACAAAAACCCUAACGACGAGCCCCGCGUCCGAGAAGCCCUGAAGAAGAUCGUGGAUGCUGCUGAAGAAACCGCGAAAAGGGAGGGGACGUUCGUGCGGUACAAAUACGUGAAUUAUGCAUCGAGGGACCAGGAUGCGCUGGCUAGCUAUGGGAGCGGAAAUAUUGAAAGACUGAAGGAGGUUUCGAAGAAGUAUGAUCCCUCGGGGGUCUUUCAGGGGUUGCAGGCUGGGGGGUGGUUGCUUUCUAGGGUUGGGUCUGGAUCGACUUAG